AUGUUGAUUCCUAUCACUGAAGUCAUUUCAUACCAAACCUUUGGUUUGAAUUUUGAUAGCCACGACCAAGCACAACAGAUUCGUUGUUCUCUGGUGCACAUAAUUACCUCAACACAGUGUGGAUCGUUGGACAGAUCGCAUGAGUCACUACUAGAAAAGUGUCAGGUCCACUUGUUGCGGCUUGUUCAUCACACAGUUGUGUGCCGAUUGCUUCCGAUCGUCCGAUUGGCUGGGUACAUUUUUUCUCAAUUUCAUUUUAACCCAAAUCAGAACACCAAGGAAGAUCAGGCAGAGAAACAAGGACCAUAUGCGAACGAACCCGAACGGCAUCCCGCACUGGUUACCGUAUGUCGUACUCCGCGUAACGCAGAAACACCGGCUGAACUAAUCCCACGCAGUCCAAUCACUCCGUCCUCAUUAUUUUUUGUGCGUAACCAUUUACCGUGGCCAUCGUUUCAGGCAAACCAUGUGCGCAAGCAAGUUUCCAUUAAAUAUGAAGAUUUGAAGCGUGACUUUUCCCAUCACAAAGUCAUCUCGACCAUGAUUUGUGCGGGAAAUCGUCGUGUACAUAUGGCCAGUCGCAGACCACAUAUACGAGGAUUACCAUGGCAUCAUUCGGCUCUUUCUACUGGCGAAUGGACCGGUGUACUGCUGAAGGAUGUUCUCUUAAAAUACCUGGCACCAGACAUUGAGUCUCCAACUCACGAACAACUCUUAAGCGCGGCUCGUCGCGCUGGCAUCCGGCAUAAAAACAGAAAUUUUCCGUUUCAGGUGCACUCAGGUGAUUUUGAAGGUUCUGAUCACGUGGUUGUCAACCGUGGUCCAGAACAGAAUGACUUUGCGCAUGUAUCGGCGAAAGUCGAUUUUUUUUCAUUCUCUCAUGUAACAUAUUGGAAUUAUGUUUACUUCACUCGAUCGGAAUGUGGUAGUUCUUUCUCGAGCUUGGUCCAGUCACAAUUGCUUAUAUGGAUAAUGCGUAGUUUUACCUCACAGAACCUGAUGUGUGAGAAAAUCUCUGUCAUUACUGUCGUCAUUAGAUCGUCUUCUAUACAAGUCAGUUGCCACAAAAUUGAACUUUUUAUUUUCUUGCUCCACAUGGCUUUCGCAACGCAUCCAAUCGACAGUCAGUUCCUUUUCGACGUGAACUCACCUGAUUUUCUAUGUUUCAGCUAG